AUGCCGGACCCAUGGCGCCAGCUACGCUCCUUCGUUUUCCUCAGCGAUGAAGAGAUGGGAAAGAAGGAUGACGACCACAACCGCGGCAGCGCCAACGGAAACCCCAUGCUGCUACGAAACCGAAAUCCCCAAUGGCAACCCGCCGCCAAGAUGCCAUCCCGCCGCCUCUUCCGACGCAUCGCAUACCUCUUCAUCAUCGCCGGAGCCCUUUGGUACUUUCUAGGCGACCUCUCCUUCAGCUUUGGCGAGCGACGCCCCAACUACAUCUACCCAUACACCGACGGUUCUCGAGACCACAUACCAAACCCGAUCCGCGAUGGUCCUCACCGACUCAGUGGCGGUCGCAAAGCCAAACCCGGCACGCCUAUGCCCUCAAUCUCCGAGCAUGACUACAACGGCCCGGUCAAGUUCCACCGUCUUGCGUCGUCGCUGCAUGCGAUUGCCGCGACGAAGGGCUCGCUGGCGGUCAAUCAGAACGUUCUCUUCGCUGCUGCGAGCCUGCGGAGCGCGUCGACACUGCUGCCGUUCGCCUGCCAGAUGGGCAUGGAGCUGAGGAGCUACGUGCACUUUGCCGUCAUGGGCCGGAGCGAAAUUGAGUUGGACGAUAUCAAGAAGAUCAAUGGGAUAGACGAUUCUUGCUACAUCAUUUGGCACGACGCCCGCGCCGACUUUUCCUCUCUAUCGACGGACACUCGCCUCGAGAUAUCGGCGAUCCGAGGACUGCGAAGUAUCCACAGCUUCAUGCACCCUCAAGCUAUAAUUGUAGACGGAACAGAUGACGAGUUGUUUCCUUUCUUGAAGGGCAUGCGGUCAGAAACGGGCGCGCUGAAGAUCCCUCUCAUCGAGCUUCCGAAGGACGCUUCAAAGCACCUGUCGUGGCUACCGAAGCUUGACAGCCCCUCUCUCGCAGCGUGGAACCAAGUUAGCGUUGAUAUCCUGAUUCAAGCCCCCGCCAGUGGCUCCGGUAGCCUGUUGCGGCUGCUUAGGUCGCUCAACGAUGUCGACUUCACGGCUUUCACAAUCCCCCACCUCACCAUUGAACUGCCCCAAGACAUUGAACCUGCGACAGCCAAAUUUCUGGAAACCUUUCACUGGCCACCGCCGCAUGUGGCAAACCCGGGUCGCGUACAAAUGCUCUCGCUGAGACACAGGAUUCCUCGGCAGCGUAUGACGGAGGAGGAGAGUUCCAUUCGUUUCCUGGAGUCGUUCUGGCCAACGACGCCCAAAUACUCUCACAUACUUGUUCUUUCACCGCAGGCGGAGUUAGCUCCGGGGUUCUUCCAUUAUCUCAAAUACUCUCUCUUAGAGUACCGCUACUCGGCAUAUUCAACGCUCUCAAAGUGGGAUCAACGACUUCUCGGAAUCAGCAUGACUUCGCCUUCCACCAACUUGGACGGCAGAAGUCAAUUCGCAGAACCGAUUUCCGAUGGCCCGGACGACACGGGCUCUUUUUACUUGUGGCAGGCCCCCAACAGCAACGCCAUGCUCUUUUUCGGGGACAAGUGGGUAGAAUUGCAUGGUCUGGUCUCCGAAGUAGACGCCCUGAAGGCUGCGCGCGACCCCAAGGACGUUCCGGAUAUGGUGACGACGAAGGAAGUGAGCAAAAUGUUCCCCUCAUGGCUGGAGCACGUCUUGCGUUUAUCACGGCUCAGAGGCUACUUCACGGUAUACCCCAGCUCCGAGACAGGAGCUACGGUAGCGAGAGUCCACAACGAACUUUACCUGGGCCCUGAAGAGUACCAACAGGAAACUGGCGAAAGAGAGAAGCUGAGGGCGAACCUGGCCGAGGCCAUUUCCGACUCGCUCGUGCACACAUUCGACACGCUUCCGAACAACGGCACCCUUACGCCUUGCAAAGAUCUCCCGAUCCUGGGGUGGCAGGGCGAUAGCACGAGUCUGCGAGACGUGUACCAGCGUGCUGUGGAGUACAUGUUUGCAUGGCGCCAGCUGGUCGGCGGGUGCAGCCGAGAGGAGAUGCAGCGGGAUCACAUCGAUGGGUCCGCAAGAGACCUGUUUUGCACGCCUGACGGCAAGCUCAAGGGAUAA